CCCCCUCUCCUCCUGCCCCUUGGCAGCCUCCUUCUUGUCCUCCCCUUCUUCGUCCUCCUUCUCCUCCCCCUCUCCGGCGGCCUCGUUCUCCUCCUCCACCUUUUCCUUCAAAGCGGACGGUGCCGCCGAAGAGAUGGCUCUCCUCUCUCAUCCUAAGCCCUUGGGAGUGCUCGACGGAUCGAAGGAGGAAAACCAAAUUUUCUCGCCUUUUCACUCCAAUCCCUCCUUUGAUCCGACCCUCGAGGCUGGAUGGAUCGAUCCGUGACUCUUUUUGUUGAUCCACGACGCUCGCUCCAUUUCUCAGCAAACUAGGGUUUGUUCCGGUUCUUGUCGACCUUCGACUCGCGGCAUGGCCUCCAAGCAGUCGGCUCCUGGCAGAUCUCCCCCCUCUGCUCAAGUGGUUGGGAAUGCCUUUGUUCACCAAUACUACCAUAUCCUUCACCAGUCUCCGGAGCUCGUCUACUACUUCUGCCUAGAGAACAGCAAGCUCGUUCGCCCAGAGGACCAGGGCAUGAUGAGUUUGAUCACCACCAUGCAAGCGAUCAACGAGAAGAUACUGUCUAUGGACUACAGAGAGUUCGAGGCAGAGAAGAAGACGGUGGAUGCUCAGGAAUCGCUUGAUGGUGGGGUGUUCCUCCUCGUUACUGGGUACCUCACAGGGAAGGAUAACAUCAAGAGAAGCUUCACUCAGUCUUUCUUCCUUGCCACCUAGGAUAAAGGUAGUAAUGUCUUGAAUGAUAUAUUUAGAUUUGUGGAAGAGGUUGAUGAGGAGUAGGGGACCUCUGGGUUGGUGAAUGGCACUGGUGUGACUCUACUUGAUAUUCUUCUUUGGAUGACAUUGGGUUUCAUUGUGGAAUUUCUUCUAUAAUAUUUAACUAUCAUGUUCUUUGGACAAAUUGUAAUGAAUUCUUUCUUUGUUUCUUUA